AUGAAAGAUAUAGCAGCCACUAAUGGCUCCACUAGUUCUGGCUUCGUAUUGAUGGACCGUAUAGUAGUUUCAUCGAGAUUCUGCCCUUGCUCUUUGGUUGGUGCUCUAGAUUCUUGCAAGAAACAAACCAAAAGGAUAGGGUUGAUGGAACCAUCAUUACAACUUUCCAACAACCCCGGAUUCUAUAAUCCCAGUCCUGGCCAGGUAAUUCUUCCACAACGAAAAGAGAGGAAAAGAUCAUAUCCUUUGUCACCCUCAUGA